AACAGAUGACGCGUUCUCGAGAAAUUCCUGGAGAACUAGAAGAAGGAGAGGCAAGGAAGAUGGAGACGCCAUUGCUGGAUGGAGAGAGUAGUAGAAAUCAACAACCUGGAAAGAGGACGAAGGUGUACCAGAGAAGAUCAGAUGCCAUCACUCAAGGAACGCCUUAUCAGAAAGCUGCUGCACUUAUUGAUCUGGCAGAAGAUGGUAUUGGUAUACCUGAGGAAGUUCUUGAUGAAUCAAGAUUUGAACGUGCAGCAAAGUUCUACUUCAUCUAUAUUCAAUUUGAUUUCCUCUGGUCUCUUAAUCUUUUUGCCCUGAUAGUGCUGAAUUUCUUAGAGAAACCUUUAUGGUGUGCCAAGUAUGGUCCAAAUUCUUGCAACAACAGAGAAUAUUUCUUCCUUGGGCAGUUGCCGUACUUAACUGGUGCUGAGUCCCUCUCUUAUGAGAUCAUAACUCUCCUCGUACUAGUCGUGCAUACCUUAUUUCCUAUUGCUUAUGAGGGAAAAUAUCUUUAUUGGAAGAACCCUUUGAACAAAUUGAAGGUCACUUUUCUGUUAGUUUUGGUCGCUGAUUUAUUUGUUUAUGGUAUUUACAUAUCUCCGGUACCCUUAGAUUCUCUACCAUUGAGGAUUGCUCCAUAUAUUCGUGUUCUCUUUUUCAUUUUAAAUGUUAGGGAAUUACGAGCAUGCAUCAUCACGUUGGCUGGAAUGAUGGACAUGUACCUCAAUGUCCUGGCUCUUGGACUUUUGUUUCUUUUAUUCUCCAGUUGGUUAGCUUAUGUCAUAUUUGAAGAUACUCAGCAGGGAAAGACAGUAUUUUAUUCCUAUGGUGCCACCCUAUAUCAAAUGCUUGUUUUAUUCACCACAUCUAACAAUCCUGAUAUGUGGAUCCCUGCAUACAAGGAUUCGCGUUGGAACUGUCUGUUUUUUGUUCUGUAUGUGCUAUUAGGGGUGUACUUUCUCUCGAAUCUGAUUCUUGCUGUUGUAUAUGAUAGCUUCAAAGGUCAGCUUGCGAAACAAGUUGCUGAGAUGGACUCUACAAGGAAGAGGAUAUUGGAGAAAGCAUUCAGUAUAAUUGAUAGAGAUAACCGUGGGUUUCUUAACAAAGAGCAAUGCAUUAAGCUGUUUGAAGAGUUGAACAGAUACAGGUCCUUGCCUAAAAUCCCUAAGGAAGAAUUUGAGCUAAUAUUUGAUGAGCUGGAUGAUAGUCAUGAUUUCAAGAUUAAUAUGGAUGAAUUUGCUGAAAUUUGCAAUGCUAUUGCAUUGAGAUUCCAAAAAGAGCCCCCUAUAUCUUGUCUUGAGAACUAUUCAUUUUACCAUUCGCGUGCAUCUGAAAAGUUGAAAGCGUUUGUUCGGAGCAAAACAUUUGAAUACAUAAUCGCUUUCUUUCUCAUGCUCAAUCUAAUUACCGUCAUUAUUGAAACAACGCUUGAUAUAAAGAACAGUUCUGCUCAGAAGAUUUGGCAAGUGGUUGAGUUUGUAUUUGGCUGGAUUUAUGUCUUGGAAAUGGCUUUAAAAGUUUACGCACUUGGGUUUCACAAUUAUUGGAUGGAAGGUCAAAAUCGCUUUGAUUUUAUUGUCACAUGGAUAAUAGUUGUUGGGGAAACUGCAACUUUCUUCUCCCCACAUGGCCUUCCUUUUCUUUCGAAUGGGGAAUGGAUUCGUUACCUUCUUAUUGCAAGAUUACUGCGAUUAAUCAGGCUUUUGAUGCAUGUGAAACGUUGCAGAGCUUUUGUUGCAACGUUUUUAUCCCUCAUUCCAAGUUUGAUGCCAUACCUUGGGACUAUCUUUUGUGUGCUAUGUAUCUAUUGCUCUCUUGGUUUGCAGAUAUUUGGUGGGAUUGUCAACUCUGGAAAUCCUAAUUUGGAAGGAACAGGUCUUUAUGAAAAUGACUAUCUGCUUUUCAAUUUUAAUGACUACCCAACUGGGAUGGUGACACUUUUCAAUUUGCUAGUCAUGAAUGACUGGCAAGUGUGGAUGGAGGGCUACAAAGAAUUGACAGGGACCUCUUGGACUCUUACAUACUUCAUCAGCUUUUACCUUAUAACAGUGAUGCUGCUUUUGAAUCUGGUCGUAGCUUUUGUUUUGGAGGCAUUUUUUGCAGAAAUGGAACUUGAAACCAGAAAUGAAUCUGAACAAGAUGGCAAGGAAGCAGGGAGGAGGGGCAGGCCACGAUAUGUCGGCUCAAAAACACGGAGUCAAAGGGUUGAUGCUCUUCUUCAUCAUAUGUUGAGUGCAGAGCUAAGUCAAACUCAAUGCCCCAAUCCUUAGGCUUUAUGCUCCUUCUCUGGUGGCUACUUGAAUCAAUGUGUGGACUCCUGAUCUUUAUUUUGGCCAUGUUAUUUCUUAACAUACUGGCUGUCUCACU